AUGAGGUUAUCCCCUCGCAUCUUUUACGCAGCUCGCAAACAUCCAAUUCCGUCAAUUCGAGUGUCUGAUGAGGUCCGACAAGCCCUUAGUGAUUCCAUGCCUGUGGUAUCUUUGGAGCUGACUAUUAUUACCCAUGGACUUCCCUUUCCCCAGAACGUCGAUAUGGCUCGACGAGUCGAGUCUGAGAUUCGAAAAAAUGGCGGCGUGCCCGCAACUUGUGCGUUUCUCAAUGGCAUACCUUACGUUGGAUUGGGAGACGAUCAAAUGCAAAUUCUAGCCGAAGCAGAAAAUCCAAUAAAAGUGUCUCGUAGAGACGUUGGACAUACUAUGGCGGGCCGUCAUACUGGCGGAACUACAAUUGCACUGACAAUGAUUCUUUCUCAUGCAGCAGGAAUUCAGGUUUUUGCAACAGGAGGGCUUGGAGGUGUCCAUAAGGAAGGAAAUAUCACCAUGGACGUUUCAGCCGAUCUCACGGAACUUGGCCGUACUCCGGUCACGGUGGUGUGUGCUGGGCCCAAAUCGAUUUUAGACAUUGGUAUGACGAUGGAGUACUUGGAGACUCAAGGAGUGUUUGUUUCCACAUAUAAUGAUGACGGUAGAAAACGGGUGCAAAUUCCUGGAUUUUAUACUCGAGAAUCGGGAAUUUCAUCACCAUAUUCUUUUACUGAUUUUGAAGAAAUUGCGGCAACGAUAAAUUACCAGAACAAUGUCAUGGGUCUCAGCUCAGGAAACGUCAUUUGUGUUCCUCCUCCAAAAGAUGUAGCUAUGUCUUCUGAGUGGAUCAAUGAAAUCAUAGAAAGAGCCAAUGAGACUGCGAAAAUCCAAGGUGUUCGUGGUAAGGAAUUGACCCCAUUUUUGUUGAGCUCCAUAGCCAAAGCCACCGAUAACAAGUCUGUCACUUGCAACGUUGACUUCGUGAUAAAUAAUGCCGGGAAGGCGACAAUUUUGGCACGGCAUUUGUUGGUAAGUAGAAAGCAGUUUUAA